UAUAAAUAUAGGUACAUAUAUCAACCAAUCUCUUGAAUAUAUCAUUCUUAAGCAUAUAUAUACAUAACAAAAUUCCCAAAAAAAAAACAAAAUCUUGAAAUAGAUCAAUCAAUGGGAAAUCACAAGUUCAGAUUGUCAGAUAUGAUGCCGAAUGCCUGGUUUUACAAGCUGAGAGAUAUGAGCAUCAAAUCAAGAAGCAUCAAUAACAAUCCCUAUCCAACAAAAUCAUCGUACCGAAUCACCGACACGAACCCUAACAACAAUAAAACCUUCGACAAAUCUCCCCGAAAAUCUUCCUCCAAGAAAAAAUCCAAGCGCAAAACCGUCUACAUGCCGUCUCCGAAGAAACAACCGCAAUUCAACAACAACCCUUCCGUGUUAUUUCCUGGGCCCGACCGCAAUUUUCCUGUCUGGCUUAAGCCCGGAACGGUACUCGAUCAUCAUCAAGAGCGUUUCCGGGAAGACGACGAAUCCGAUUCAUUAGAUGCUGCCACGUGUAAUGAUUCUUGCUGUACUUGCAAACUAGUAAUUGCCACUACUUCUUCCGAAGCUGACGACGAUGACGAAGACGAUGGUGGUGACAUCAUCAUCGACGUCAGCGGCAACAACCGUCCAACAAUAGACAACCUCAUGAACGGAUUCGAAGAAUUCAACGAACUCCCUCCGAUUCGCACCAAGCCGGCCGCGAAGCCAGCACUACCUUCUUCGGAAAAUGACAAAAACGCCCCUCGGGCCAAGAAGAGCAAGAAAAUUGCGGCCCGUAAAUCGGUUUCGCGGGCCAGUGGAGUGAAGAUACGGGCCAAUGGGCCUAGAGUAGCUUCGAACGGUAGCAGAAGAAAACCAACUAGCGUGAAAUUAAGUGGCGAUCGUGAUUAUGAUUACGAUUAUGAAGACGAGGAGAAGAAGAAAAAGAAGGGUUUGUCGUUUUAUUCGGAGAGUUUCGCUAUUGUGAAGGCAUCUUUCGACCCGGAAAAAGAUUUCCGGGAAUCUAUGAUGGAAAUGAUUGUGGAGAAUAAUAUUAGGGCAUCCAAGGAAUUGGAGCAUCUUCUUGCUUGCUAUCUGUCGUUGAAUUCGAACCAGUACCAUGAUCUUAUUGUUAAGGCAUUUGAGCAAAUUUGGUUUAAUAUGCCUCAACUCGAAAUUAAUUAAUUAAUUAGUUCUACAUAAAUAUAUAUUCAUCUUUUUUUUUUUUCUUUC